UGACACGAUCUUUGCUCUCCCCGCGCAAACAACUCUCUCUCCCGUCGGGAGCGCGCAUGCACGCCACUUGACUCUUUGACGUCCUCCGUUCGGACUUUCGCUCCCGUCCGUCAUCUCCUCCGAGGCGGACCCGCCAUGACGCGCUGCUGCCCGCUGCCGUGUCUGCUGCUGCUGCUGCUGCUCGCGACGCGCACGGCGAUGUCCUCCGGCGUGUUCGAGCUGAAGAUCGACGCGUUCACCAGCCACCGGGCCGUGUGCCGUCAGCCCUCCCGGGACUGUCACGUCUUUUUCCGGGUGUGCCUCAAGCACUCCCAGGACGUCAUCAGCCCGGAGCCUCCGUGCACGUACGGGACCGCGCUCACCGAGAUCUUCGGCGCGGACGCCGAGUCCAUCAGCGGGAGCGCGCCCAUCAGGGUGCCCUUCCCCUUCAAGUGGCCGGGAACAUUCUCUCUGAUCAUCGAGGCCUGGAAUGCCGAGUCUUCCGGACUCGACUCAACAGAGAAGCCGAACAACCUCAUCAGCCGCCUGGCGACGCGCCGGAAGCUGGCGGUGGGCGCAGAGUGGUCGCAGGACGUGCACUCUGGCGAGCAGAGCGAGCUGCGCUACUCGUACCACGUGGUGUGCAACGAACAUUACCAUGGCAACGCCUGCUCCGCCUACUGCCGACCUCGCAACGACACCUUCGGACACUACACCUGUGACCAAGAUGGCCGACGCCACUGCCACGUGGGCUGGACGGGCGACUACUGCUCUGACCCCGUGUGCGCGGCGGGUUGCAGCGGCGAGCACGGCUACUGCGAGGAGCCCGGCGAGUGCGUGUGCCGGCAGGGCUGGCAGGGCGAGCGCUGCGACGAGUGCGACCGCCACCCGGGAUGCCUGCACGGCACCUGCCAGCAGCCGUGGCAGUGCAACUGCAAGGAGGGCUGGGGAGGCCUGUACUGCGACCAAGACCUCAACUACUGCACCAACCACAAGCCGUGUCAGAACGAGGCGGCGUGCACCAACACGGGCCAGGGCAGCUACACGUGCACGUGCAAGCCGGGGUUCACGGGCAAGGACUGCGAGGUCCAAACCAACGAGUGUGACAGCAACCCCUGCAGGAACGGCGCCAGCUGCAGGGAUUUAGUCGACGGCUACUCGUGCGCCUGUCCUCAAGGCUUCUGGGGCAAGAACUGCGAGAUCGGCGCCAUGCUGUGCGUGGACGAGCCAUGUUUUAACGGUGGCACGUGCAGGGAGAGCGCCGGCGGAGGUUACAGCUGUCUCUGCCCGCUCGGGUAUGCCGGCUCCAACUGCGAGAUGAAGAACAACAAGUGCAGCAGCAACCCCUGCGCUAACGGUAACUAG